UCCUCCUAGUCUCUCACCUUUUGCGUUGCCAUUAUUUUUUAUCAAUCUCAAUUGUCACUGCCCAAUUCUUCUAUCUCCCCGAACCCCUCCCGUGUCCAUUUCCUUUUUUCAGCAAUGGGCACAUCAUAGAGACAAAAUAAAGCCUCCUCGUCCUAGUUAUUUCCUGGUCUUGUCAGAUCACCGGUCUUGGCCAUGGUAUGGCAUGCCACCGGAAAUUUAAAUUCCGACCGCCAGCGCCAGUUUUCCCCGGCUAAAUGCACCGAAUACGAUGCUGCUUGAUCACGACCCUUGAAUCCCAGAGCGAUAACGACGACGAGGACGGUGAACAUGUAAUCAAACCAUACCUGGUUGAAAUCGGAUUUUUCAUCCUUUUGGGUGCUUACAGCAAUGACGACCACUAACACUACCACACCGUCUGUGGACUCAGCUUCGGCCGAGGAGCUUGCGGCAAAAGCUGUGCACAAGCGCUACGAAGGGUUGGUCAUGGUUCGAAACAAGGCCAUUAAAGGCAAAGGGGCUUGGUAUUGGGCACACCUGGAGCCCAUGUUGGUUCACAACACUGACACUGGACUUCCUAAAGCAGUGAAGCUCAGGUGCUCUCUAUGCGACGCCGUAUUUUCCGCCUCCAAUCCCUCUCGUACCGCUUCUGAGCAUCUAAAGCGCGGAACUUGUCCCAAUUUCAAUUCUGCGCCUGUACCCAUUUCCUCCGUUUCACCUACGUCUGCAAUUGUGUCGUCGCCUCCUUCUUCUUCCGUGCACCACAGCCACCGCAAGAGAACUUCAUCGUCUUCUUCUUCUGCUGCUAGAGCGACUGGUGGUGGGCCCGCUUCGUCUUACCAAGCUCCGCAGCUUGCCAUAGUGGAUCCGUCGCGAUUCUGUGGGGAGCUCAAGUACACGACUUCGUCAGCAUCACCUACUCCUGUAGUGACGGGUGGUGCAGCAGGUUUGUUGCCACAGCAACCGCAUUUGAUGUUAUCUGGUGGAAAGGAGGACUUGGGAGCUCUGGCUAUGUUGGAAGACAGUGUGAAGAAGCUCAAGAGUCCUAAAACGUCACCCGGGCCUACUCUUAGCAAGACCCAGACUGAUAGUGCGCUCGAUUAUCUCGCUGACUGGGUCUAUGAAUCUUGUGGGUCGGUGUCUUUUUCGAGUUUGGAGCACCCGAAGUUCAGGGCUUUCCUUAAUCAGGUGGGUUUGCCAGCUAUUUCUCGCAGGGAAUUAACAGGUGCUAGAUUGGACGCCAAAUUUGAGGAAGCCAAGGUAGAAUCGGAGGCGCGGAUUAGAGAUGCCCUGUUCUUUCAAGUCGCGUCUGAUGGGUGGAAACCCAAGAAAUAUGGGGUUUACAGUGAUGAAAAUUUGGUUACUUUGAGAGUGAAUCUCCCCAAUGGGACCAGUUUGUACAGAAGGGCGGUGUUUGUGACCGAUUCUGCUCCUUCUAAGUAUGCAGAGGAGGUGUUUUGGGAGACAAUCACUGGCAUUUGCGGGAAUGUUGUGCAACAGUGUGUAGGUAUUGUUGCGGACAAGUUCAAGGCCAAGGCUUUGAAAAACUUGGAGAUUCAGAAUCAUUGGAUGGUAAAUCUUUCUUGUCAGUUUCAAGGCUUCAAUAGUUUGAUCAAGGACUUCGGCAAGGAACUUCAGCUGUUCAGCAGCGUCACCGAGAAUUGUCUCAAGCUCGCAAAUUUUGUCAAUUACAAGUCUCAGGUUCGUAAUAGUUUCCAAAAGUACCAGUUACAAGAGUACGGCCACGCCUGGUUAAUACGAGUACCGAUGCGUGACACCGAACAUUUUAACUUUGGGCCUGUUCACACAAUGAUAGAGGACGUUUCGAGUUCGGCCCGUGCGUUGCAGCUAAUUCUGUUGGACGAAUCAUUCAAAAUGGUAUGCAUUGAAGACCCAGCAGCGAGAGAAGUAGGAGAUAUGAUUCGCGACGUGAACUUUUGGAAUGAAUUGGAGGCAGUUCAAUCGUUGGUUAAACUGGUGAAGGACAUGGCUCUGGAGAUCGAGACAGAACGACCGCUCGUAGGCCAGUGCCUUCCUCUGUGGGACGAAUUAAAAGCAAAAGUGAAGGACUGGUGCUCCAAGUUCCAUAUUGAAGAAGAAUCAGUAGAGAAAGUAAUUGAGAAACGAUUCAAGAAGAACUACCACCCUGCCUGGGCUGCCGCUUAUAUUCUCGACCCGCUUUAUUUGAUAAGGGAUACGAGCGGCAAGUACCUUCCUCCGUUCAAGUGCCUGACGCCGGAGCAAGACAAGGACGUGGACAGGCUGAUCACGAGGCUUGUUUCAAGGGACGAAGCCCAUAUUGCUCUAAUGGAGCUUAUGAAAUGGAGAACAGAAGGGCUGGAUCCUGUUUAUGCUCAAGCUGUGCAGAUGAAGGAGAGGGAUCGCGUGACAGGGAAGAUGAGAAUUGCUAAUCCACAGAGCAGUCGACUUGUGUGGGAAACUUAUCUGACUGAGUUCAAAUCUUUAGGCAAAGUUGCUGUGAGGCUAAUAUUCCUUCACGCAACGUCGUGUGGAUUCAAGUGCAACGUGUCCUUAUUGAGAUGGGCGUUUGCCCGUGGACACUCCAGGACAGCACUGGACAAGGCUCAGAAGUUGAUUUUUAUUGCAGCUCAUUCCAAAAUGGAGAGACGCGAUUUUUCCAGUGACGACGAUAAGGAUGCAGAGCUGUUUGCCUUGGCAAACGGGGACGAUGAUGCGUUCAACGAGGUGCUUGUUGAUACAUCCUCAGCCUAGCAAAUUUUUUUUUUUUUUGAAAAAAAACUUUUUUUAUUGGUUUAUCAGUUAGGAUAUUUAAUUUUUAGAAUUUAUUAAAUUCUUUUCACCACCCACCCUCUUCUCCUUCCUUCUUCUCUCGUCUUUCGUUCCAUUUGGUCUUUGGAUUUUGAGGCAGCAAGGUGAGGUGGGAGAAAGGGAGACAUUUGUUGGGGAAAGGAUUUCUGUGUUGCUAUUGGCCAGCCUCAUGAUUCGAGCAACUUCCAUCUUUGACCCUUGCAUGAUUUUGAAGAAGUUAAAUAUGCGGGGAAACAAUAUCUCUUCUUUGUUCGUAAAGCUAGACAAAAGGAGCAUGAACUGAGUCACACAACUGGAACCGUGUCGUAGAAAAUUUUGUUUCCGAUAUAAAUAAUAGUUGUAAAGGGGAAGGUUUUUAUGAAUUCUCCUUUGGUUUUUAAGAUCCGAUCCCUACUCACUCUCUCACCUGUUGUUGAAACUAGUAAAUUGAAUGCUCUGAAUUUUGUAAAUUAAAAUCAUGUAGCAGUGCAUCCA